AUGAAGUGUUUCUUCCUUAUUGUCAUCUUUCUCGUGCUCUUUCACACCACAUUCGGUGAUGACUUAAUCCAACAAUCUUGCAAGAAAGCUGCAGAUCGCGAACGAUCUUUGAACCACACCUUCUGUGUCUCAACCCUUGAGGCCGACCCCAAAAGCCGUGGCGCAGACCUUUAUGGACUUGCUAAUAUCACACUUUACCUAGCCGGAACCAAGGUUAUUAAGACUGCGUUACAAGACUGCGAAGAUGCCCCUGAUAGCAUGCAGGAAGCUAUCUAUUCGUUCAAGGAGAAGGAUUACGAGGCUGCUCUUAAUCCUCUCAGUGCUGCCUUAAACGCACCUGAUACUUGCGAAACUGGGUUUCAAGAGAGGAAAGCAGUGUCUCCCUUGAAGAAAGAGGACGAUGAUUUCACUCAAUUGGGUGUCGUAUCUCUUACUUUCAUUGGCCUGUUAAGUGGGAAACCAUGA